AUGUCUUCUAGGCGUUCAAUUCCAACUAUGGACAGAAUUAGUGAAUUGCCAGAUUCAAUUCUAUGUCAAAUUCUCUCCAUACUCCCAACCAAACUCGUUGCAUCCACAAGUCUUCUCUCUAAGAGAUGGAGAAAUGUAUGGCUCUCGAUUUUCACUCUAAACUUUAAUGAUGAAAGCUUCAAAAACUUUGAAACCUUUCAGAAAUUUGUUUACUCAACCAUGUUCUUGCUACGAGACCAAAAGAAUUCAAUUCAUUCGUUUACUCUGAAACUAGGUAACUCUUCUGGCUUCAACCAACAACAAUUCAACAGAAUUUUUAAAUUUGUGAUGCAACGAGGAGUGCAAAAUAUUGACUUCAACAUGUCUGAUAAAAAGCGUGCUAUCAAAUUACCUCUUUGUAUUCUCAAUGUUAAGACACUUACCGUUCUUAAAUUGGAAAACAUUAAAAUAAGGGAUUCUGAUCAAGUGGAUUUUCCUCGUCUCAAAACCCUUUAUUUUGAUAGAGUUUAUUUUUCAUCUUUGGACUAUUUUGUCAAGUUUCUAAAUGGUUGUCCUAUUCUAGAAGAUUUGAAUACAAAAUCAAUUUUAAUCUGGCAUCUCAAGUUACAUCUUCCCACCGAAAACUUGAACUCUUUACCUAAUUUGGUCAAAGCAAGUAUUUGUUAUGAUAUGCAUAAUUUCAUGACUUUGGUUUCUAAGGUCAAGAUUUUGCAUUUACAAAAGUGGAGACUGACAGGGACAACACUUCCCAUGUUUCACAAUUUGACUCACUUAAAACUUUCUUUUAAUUCCACCAUAUGGAGUAUGGAAUGCAAGCCCUUGAUAGGGAUAUUUUCACAUUUCCCAAAUCUUCAACAUUUUAACAUCGAGAAUUAUCGGGAUGCAACAAAUGGAAUAAAUACUUGUUCUACUACAUGUUUGAAGGAUGAUCCUAGUCCAACCAUUGUUCCGGAAUGUCUUUCGUUACAACUUAAAACAUUUAGCAUGAAAGGUUAUGCAGGCAGACACUGUGAGUUCAAAUUAGUACAAUAUAUUAUGCAGCACUCAAAAGUACUUGAGACAAUGAUAAUUAAGACAACCCACCUUAAAGAGUGUAACAAAUAUAAAAUGUUACUGAAAUUAUCUUCAUGUUCAAGAGGCUCUCCAACAUGUAAACUUAUAUUUGAUUGA